AAUAAACACUGACAAGCAGCUGUUCCAUCAGUGUUAUGUUACCGAGCUCACGUGUAAGGCUUUUCUCCGUGUAGUGUAACUGAGUGUAGCAGAGACUAAUUUGUAUCACCAAAACCCACAAUGGAGCCUGUUAUAGAAAUGAAUCCGGAAGCGACGAAAUGGGACAUUCGUGAGAAAGUUUGGGACUACAUCGAAGAAAAUAAUCUGGCCAAUUUCCCCAGGCCAGUUCACAACAGAAUCCCAAAUUUCAAGGGUGCUUUCACAGCCUGUGCCAAGGUGCCUGAACUGCAGGUGUUCACCCAGGCCACAGAGGUGAAGGUGGAUCCUGAUAAACCUCUGGAAGGUGCCCGGCUGGCAGUGCUAGAGGCGCAGAAGAAGUUAUUGGUCCCAACUCCUCGUCUUCGUACUGGUCUUUUCAAUAAUAUCGCUCCUCCUCAGGGGGCCAGCAAAGAACAGCUACGCAUAUGCUCUUCCUCUCAGGGUGUGAAAGACUUCAGUGUGCCCGUUGACCUGGAUGCGAAGGUGAAGGUAGACCUGGUGGUGGUCGGAUCUGUGGCGGUGUCAGAGAAAGGCUUGCGAAUUGGAAAAGGAGAGGGCUUUGCUGACUUGGAGUAUGGCAUGAUGGCCUUAAUGGGAGCUGUAGAUGAGUCUACUGUGGUGGUUACUGUUGUCCAUGACUGCCAGGUGAUGGACAUUCCAGAGGAGUUAAAAGAAAGUCAUGACCUGACUGUGGACUACAUCCUCACACCCACCAGAGUCAUUAAAACAGAUUGCCAGAUCCCCAAACCACAGGGAAUCAUCUGGACUAAGCUGGACACAGAAAAGCUGGAGAAGAUCCCCGUCCUGAAGAAGCUGCGUGCUCUGGAGGAAGAGGCUGGAAAGGAUGUAACACUGGGGGCGGCGCCCGUUGCACCAGAGCCUGGUCUGCAGACCAGUCAACCCAAAAGGCAAACCAGAAGGAGGCCAAGGCAGAAGAUACAGCAGGAUGAUGAGGGAGAAUCCAAACCAGAGAAAAUGGCAGAGUCGGAACAGAAAGCUAGACAGUGGCGCCCAACUAGAGUGAGGAAAGAAAGCCGAGGAGAUGGUGGGGGAGGUAAUGAGCGAGGAAAGGGGCAAACAGGAGAGAACAUAAAGGAGAAGGGCCCAGAGGAGGGUGGAGGUGAAGUCAUAUCUCAACGUAAGCUCCCUCUGAGUGUGACCACAGUUUACCUUGGGGGAAUCCCUGCUGGGUUGCGUGUUAGUGAGCUGAAAACUGCCCUUAGAGAGAGGGAGGCCACCCCACUGAGGCUCACCUGGCAGGGAGCUCAACACAGGGCCUUCCUGGACUACAGCGACCCCCAGGCUGCAGAGCAGGCCCUGGAGGCUCUGCAGGAUCUCAGUCUGAAUGGUCACAGUCUGCAGGCUGAGAUGGCCAAGAGCCAGCGUGGAGGCAAGAGGUCUGGACAGUCUAAUCGGAGACCGAGACCACCAACGGCUCCGAUAUCUAAAACUGCACCACCAGAUACUGAGAGUGACACCAAUGAAAAGACUGAGCAGUAAUAGCCAUAAGCAAUACUCAGCCAAGUCAAGUAA